GCUGGCUGGCAACGCUGGUGCUGCAAAAAAUACCAAAAAUAUAAACUAUGGCCUGACCACCACAACGCGAACUAGUUCCCACUGGCUGUAGAGCGAGCCAAGUGUAAUGCUCUUUUGUUGUUUUUCUUGCUUUUAUUGUGGCCAUCAUCGCAGCGACGCAGUUGACAAUGGGCGAUAAUUUGAUCAGCAAAGAGGAGGCCUUCGGCAUGGAGCAAGAUCAGGAACUGGGUGGCAAACACUACUCGCGCUGCAGCAGCGCAGGCAGCACCCACACACCAAACUCAUCAGCACACAAUUCGGAUGAUGAUGAGGAUAGCGGCGAUGCUCGAAACUCGGCGGCAACAAAUUCGAACUCGUCGCUCAGCUACAAGGAGCGACGUCGCUCGGCCCACACACAGGCGGAGCAGAAGCGACGGGAUGCGAUCAAGAAGGGGUACGACAGCCUGCAGGAGCUGGUGCCGCGUUGCCAGCCAAACGACUCGUCCGGCUACAAGCUGAGCAAGGCGCUGAUCCUGCAGAAGUCUAUCGAGUACAUUGGCUAUCUCAAUCAGCAGAAGCUGAAGCAGGAGGACGAGAGUGCGGCGCUGCUGAAGGAGGUGACGGCGCUGCGGAUCAUCCAGGCUGGCUACGAGACAAUGCUGCAACAUCAGCAGGCCAAUCCGGGCCCUGAGGAGGCGCGCCUCACCGACGAGGCCAAAUUUCAAGUGUUUCAGGCAAUAUUAGACGAAAUGUUUGAGACAUUCCAGCACAUACCAAUGGACAAUUUUAAGCAGCUGACCGGCGGCGUUAUACCCUGGCUGGAGGAGCACUGCAAGCCGCACAUUUUGCGCAACAUUCUCAGUCGCACACUGCAACAGAUGUCACAGGAUGCACAGGAGAUGCAGCAGCAGCAGCAACAACAACAACAACAGCAGCAACAACAGGCCAUGGAGCAGGAGACGGGCGAGGGAUUCAGUUGAUCAAUUCAUAAAUAUUGUUAAGUUUUUUUUCAUUAUGUAUUUCUUGUUUUUGGUAAAUGCUUUUCGUUCUUCUUUGACUUGCUUGCGUACAAAUAGUAAAUGCGUCAUUUAAGUUGUAAAAAGCCGAGCGUUGUUACACUAAUUAUUAUUAUUAUACUUUUUGGCUUAGGCUUUGCGCCACUCCCCCCCUCCAACACCGUCCUCCGAUUAGAUAAAUGCCACAGUUAAACCAGAGAUAAAGAUAGAGACAGUUAUCUUCACCCCUUGCUGAGUUAUCACCAGUAGCACGAUAAACAUAAUUGCAAUAAUAAUAUUUUACGAUCUUAGCUACAAAAGUUGUGGCUCCGAUAGGGAAUUGCGUGCAUCUAUACAUAAUAUAUAUAUAUAUACAUACAUACAUAGUAGUUGGAUGUUUCUAGUUUGUUCAAAUGUUUUGUCGCACAAUAAAGUUCAAAAUUGUUUAAUUUGAUCGAGAAAUAAGAAAA